AAAGGGCUCUCAUAUUAGUUUGUAGAAUAUAUCGUGGUUGAUGGUAUAUCAGAUAAUAAUAACAUGGUUGGAAGAUCGUCCCGUAUUCGUUUUAUCAAAUCUACCUCGAUUUUUUAUACCAUUCUUUAUAUGCUAUGUUCAGCUGCAUAUGUGGAAGGAGCUUCAAAGCACGACUUUCUUCAAAACCGCAGUUCUAAGGGGCUGUUAUAUUAUUAUAAUGCUACUGGUAACGCUGAUUAUGAUAAAGGUGGAGAUCACUACGAUGUUUUGAGAGUCCUUGGAUGAUAUCAUUUACGAUUUGGAUGAACGUUAUCCCAUUACUCAGGAUGGGGAAGUAAAUUAUACCUCAAUUUAUACAGUAGGAGGUGAUUUGUAUAAAGUAAUAAGUGAUGCUGAUGCAGAAACGGGAGCUCUGAACAAGAAGCUAGCUAUGAGAGCCUGUUGUGCCGAUCAUUAUAGUAAGAGAGACCAAUCUACCGGCUAUAGUCCCCUAAGACCUAAUCAUGCUGAUGCUGCUGUAAUGUCUGUACCCCCAGAAGAAGCAGAACAAAAGGAUUUGGAUACAUUGAUCUAUGAUAACAGGACCAAUCCCGAACAGCAAGCAAUAAUGGUGAGAGAUAUUGAAAACGGUCGAUAUGUACCAGGUUCACCUAGAGCUUCAGCUUGGUGGCAGACUAUUGUAGGAGGUACAGUGGACAGUUUCUUGAGUAAUCUUUUAUGGAAUUUGGCCGACAGGGCGCACCAAGAAGGCUAUUCCAGUAGAAAUUGCUUUGAUCAGGUUAGCACUUGGCUUGAUGAUACUUAUAAGAUGUCUUUCCAGGUCAGAGGAGCAGGAAAUUGUGGUACUGAUGCUGAAACCCAAACAAUUUAUGAUGCUCUGAUUGAAAUAGUUGAUAAGUGGAGAGAAAGACAGGCUAGAAGAGCAUGUGAAACUAUAGACAUGAGGGAGGUGGAAGGCUUGAAUUUGCUAUGUCGUCGACAGGACAACCCGUUUAUGAAAUAUUCUACCAAGAUAAGGAGUUUUACGCCUGUAAAGGAAAUGAACACAGUCAACCCACUUGUGAAAAAGUACACUCUCUCCAUGAUGAGUUGUAGCUUAUACAACAUUUAGGAUAAUUACUGCAGGAUGUAGAAAGGUACUUAGGUGUUGUACGGUUCCAAGUAGAUAACCUAAUCUCCAUUUGAAAAAUAUGUUAAUGAAAAACAAAACAAGCUAAAAAAUAUAUAACAAAAAGAUAUAUAUAAAAUAUAAUAAAGUAUACUAGUUUACAAAUAAAUAAGCUAGGAUGAAAUAAAUAAAAUAAUAUAAAACCAACAGACCGGAGCUACUUUCCACCUUUUAAAUGGAAGAGGUUGCACGCCGACUCCAAGUGUAGACGUUACCUAUGAUGCUCUUACCGGU